AAAGCGACUCUCUUAUCAAGGGAAUAGCUUGAUUCAGCCCUACAUCUUUGUGGAUAACGGCACCAAAUCUGGUUUAUGAUUUCAACGCUGAGGAUCAUUUUAUAACACCAACAAGUGAACAAGAUGGAAAAAGUUAGGCUCAUUUUCAUUUUGCUUUUGGUUGGUAUUUGCAGCCCUGCGCUUGGAGAAAAGUGGACGGCCUCUGUUGUAAAAUCUCUUGAAGCCGUAGUCGGCUCCUGUGUUGUGCUGCCCUGUUCAUUCAACUAUCCUGGCACAUUACUCCCGACCUCCAGACUCCGAGGCAUCUGGCAUCGUAUUAAGAAAGACGAAGAGAUUGUGUACAGCGAGGAUAACACAAGGGUCUUAGAUAGUUUUAAGGGUCGAACAAACAUGAUAGGAAAACUGGGUGAUAAGAACUGCACCUUGGAAAUAACAGACGUUAAAGAUCAUGACAACGGUCCAUUCUGCUUCCGUAUCGAACUUGUUAAAACACAUGACAACAAAGAAACCACUGAAAAGUACUCCUUUGUUGGUGAAUGUGCUCAGUUAAAGAUGCGGAAAGAUCCUCCAGAACCUGAACUUUUUCAGUCAAACACAGCUGUUCAAGGAAAACCUUACUCCGUCACCUGUUCAGUCCACCAUACCUGCCCCUCACAUGUUCCUGUGUUCACAUGGAGUCGAGGAAGUAAAGAUGAUAUUAUCCAUAUUCAAAAACCCAUUCUCUCUGGGAUCUGGGAGACACAGUCCAUCAUGGUGUUUAUUCCUGAGGAAAACGAUGACCACACUGAAAUCACCUGCACAGCAACAUUUAAUGGAGGAAAAGUAACAUCCAGAUCUAUUCAACUCAAUGUAAAACGUAUUGGAAACAUUUAUCACAUCAUCAUUCCAGUCACGGUGGCCAUUGGCAUGGCUGUGAUCUUUGGAGUCAUCUGCAUUGCUGUGAUGGAAAAGUACAAGAAUCGCAUUGCAGAGCUUCAAAGUCGUGAAGGAAGCAUGUUCAACAGGCUGUCCAGGAUGUCUCGCAGGUUCCAUUCUAGUGGCCAGUGACUUUGUGGUCAUAAUACAGUGCAAGAAACUUGAGCAAAUGAUGACCAGCACGUAAUGUUCACAUUUUAAUUUACGUUUAUAUCCAUGAGAAUGAUUUUUUUCUUUAGGAGUCAUGCCUUGAU